AUGACAUCUGAAACAGCUGAACAAAAAAUUACUCAUGCUUUACAAAUAGUGACUGGGAAUGUGGAAAAAUACUUCACACAACUUGUUGAGGAUAUAUGCUGCUGUGUAAUAACGAGGGAAGCAGUUUGGUUUGAAGAUACUAUCAAAAAAGUCAUACCUAAUUUUGAAAAGAGUACAUCUGAUGGAAUUGCAGAGAUUCUUUCUCAGUAUAACGUAAAUAACAAAGCUCUUUUAUUGGCCGAAGCUAAUGAAACAUUAAAACGCUCUGAAUCAUGGCGACCUUCUGGAGAUCCGGAAAAAGAUAUUCGAGCUCAUCUUCUCCCUCUCAACAAAUCUUUUCUGGCAAGUCUGACUCCUAUUUCCCGGAAGUUGCGGAGAAAAACGAGAAGACGUUUCGCCAAAUUGAAAAGGCUGCGUUGUACCCUGCAUGAUGAAAUAACUGAAUUUCAAUCGAUUGCAGAAAAAUUACAAAAAUUAACACUGGCUAUGGAAGAAGCUCCACCGCAUCUCCCCCCAAUUGACACCGUCUCCCUGACACCCUCACCUGACACUGAAAAUGAUGAGAAUGAGAAAAAUAUAUAA